UAAUGGAGCAGUUUACCCCGAAGGAAGUGCGCAUCCUGGAGAGCGCCGAAGACAUCCAGGAGCGUCGUGAUCAGGUACUGAACCGUUACAGCGAGUUCAAGCUCGAAACACGCCAGAAGCGUGAAAAGCUGGAAGAUUCGCGUCGCUUCCAAUACUUCAAGCGCGAUUCAGACGAGCUGGAAAGCUGGAUUAACGAGAAGCUGCAGGCGGCCAGCGAGGAAAGCUACCGUGAUCCGACCAAUUUGCAGGCGAAAAUUCAAAAGCACCAAGCAUUCGAGGCCGAAGUGUCGGCACACAGCAAUGCGAUCGUAGUGCUGGACAAUACGGGCCAGGAAAUGAUCAACCAGGGUCAUUUCGCGUCCGAAACGAUCCAGCGCCGGCUGGAGGAGUUGCAGCGUCUGUGGGAACUUUUGCUGUCGCGGUUGGCGGAAAAGGGCAUGAAGCUGCAGCAGGCCUUAGUGCUGGUACAGUUUCUGCGCCACUGCGAGGAAGUAAUGUUCUGGAUCAAGGAUAAGGAAGCGUUCGUGACGGCGGACGAGUUCGGGCAGGAUUUGGAGCAUGUGGAGGUGUUGCAGCGCAAGUUCGACGAGUUCCAGAAGGAUAUGGCCUCGCAGGAGUAUCGCGUGACGGAGGUGAACGAGCUGGCGGACAAGCUGCUGUUCGGUGGCCACCCGGAGCGGGAAACGAUAACGCGCAAGAAGGAGGAACUGAACGAGGCGUGGCAGCGCUUGAAGCAGCUGGCCAUAUUGCGCCAGGAAAAGCUGUUCGGGGCGCACGAAAUCCAGCGUUUCAACCGCGAUGCGGAUGAGACGGUUGCGUGGAUCGCUGAGAAGGAUGUCGUGCUGUCGUCCGACGAUUACGGGCGCGAUCUGGCCAGCGUCCAAGCGCUGCAGCGCAAGCACGAAGGUGUGGAGCGUGAUCUGGCGGCGCUCGAGGACAAGGUGGCCGCACUCGGUACCGAGGCCGGCCGCCUGUGCAGCAUACACGCCGAUCACAGCGAACAGAUUCGUGAGAAGCAAGCGGAGAUUGCAGCGUACUGGCAAUCGCUUACCGCGAAGGCUAAGGAGCGCAAGCAGAAACUCGACGAGUCCUACUUCUUGCACCGUUUCCUGGCCGAUUUCCGCGAUUUGGUGUCGUGGAUCAAUGGCAUGAAGGCGAUUAUUUCUGCGGACGAGCUGGCCAAGGAUGUGGCCGGUGCGGAGGCACUGCUCGAACGUCAUCAAGAGCAUCGGGGUGAGAUUGAUGCGCGUGUGGACAGUUUCAAGCUGACGACGGAGGCUGGCCGGCAGCUGCUAGACCGUGAGCACUAUGCUGCGGCCGAGGUGCAGGAGAAGCUGGCUGCGCUGGAAAGCGAUAAGGGAUCGCUGCUGGUUUUGUGGGAGGAUCGCCGCAUCCUGUACGAGCAGUGCAUGGAUCUGCAGCUGUUCUACCGCGAUACCGAGCAGGCCGACACGUGGAUGGCGAAGCAGGAAGCGUUCCUGGCGAACGAGGAUCUGGGCGAUACGCUGGACUCGGUCGAGGCAUUGAUCAAGAAGCACGAAGAUUUCGAGAAGAGUUUGGCCGCACAGGAAGAAAAGAUCAAGGCGUUGGAUGUGUUCGCGACGAAGCUGAUCGACGGUCAGCACUAUGCGGCGGAUGAUGUUGCGCAACGUCGUGCAAUGCUUUUGGCGCGCCGUUCCGCACUGCAGGAGAAGUCUUCUGUGCGUCAGCGCCUGCUGGAGGAUUCGAACGCACUGCAGCAGUUCGAGCGCGACUGCGACGAAACGAAGGGUUGGAUCAGUGAGAAGCUAAAGUUCGCGACGGACGAUAGCUAUCUGGAUCCGACCAAUCUGAACGGUAAGGUGCAGAAGCACACGAACUUCGAGCAUGAGCUGACGGUGAACAAGAGCCGAAUUGAGGAUAUCACCGCAACGGGUCAGAAGCUGUCGGAGAACGAGCACUACGCUGCUGACAAGGUGAACGCUCGCAUGCAGGAAAUUGUGACGCUGUGGGAAUCGCUCGUACGCGCUUCGGACAAGAAGGGUUGCAAGUUGCAGGAAGCGUCGCAACAGCAGCAGUUUAACCGGACGGUGGAGGAUAUCGAGCUGUGGCUGAGCGAAGUCGAGGGCCAGCUGCUGUCGGAAGACUACGGCAAGGAUCUGACCAGUGUGCAGAAUCUGCAGAAAAAGCAGGCUCUCCUGGAAGCCGACGUAAUGGCGCAUCAGGAUCGUAUCGAGGGCAUUAAGGUGGCCGCGAACAAGUUUGUCGAGAGCGGUCAUUUUGAUGCGGAUAACAUCCGCGCCAAGGAAGCGGCACUGUCGAAGCGUUAUGCUGCACUGGCGGAACCGAUGGCGAUUCGUAAGCAGCGUCUGCUGGAUUCGCUGCAGGUGCAGCAACUGUUUCGUGACUUGGAAGACGAGGCAGCAUGGAUUCGUGAGAAGGAACCGGUGGCAGCUUCGACCAACCGUGGCCGUGACUUGAUUGGUGUGCAGAAUCUUAUCAAGAAGCAUCAGGCCGUGUUGGCGGAAAUCAACAAUCACGAGAGCCGAUGCGCUGGGGUUAUUUCUAACGGGGAGCAGAUGCUGAACGAACAACCGACGGCGAGCGAAGAAAUUAAGCUGCGGCUGGACGCUCUGAAGGAUCAGUGGAACUCGCUGAAGGAGAAAUCCAAUCAACGCAAACAAGAUUUGGAGGAUUCGCUGCAGGCACACCAGUACUUUGCCGAUGCGAACGAAGCCGAAUCGUGGAUGCGCGAGAAAGAGCCAAUCGUGUCGAACCAGGACUAUGGUAAGGAUGAGGACUCUUCGGAGGCAUUGCUGAAGAAGCAUGAAGCGUUGGUAUCGGAUCUGGAAGCGUUCGGCAACACGAUCCAGGCGUUGCAGGAGCAAGCGAAGAACUGUCGCCAGCAGGAAACACCGGUCGUUGAUAUCACAGGCAAGGAGUGCGUAAUGGCACUGUACGACUACACGGAAAAGUCGCCGCGCGAAGUGUCGAUGAAGAAGAACGACGUGCUGACGCUGCUUAACUCCAACAACAAGGACUGGUGGAAGGUCGAGGUGAACGAUCGUCAGGGUUUCGUACCGGCUGCUUACAUCAAAAAGAUUGAUCCCGGACUAAGCGCUAGCCAGCAAAAUCUGAUCGAUGGACACUCGAUCGCGAAGCGUCAAAUGCAGAUCAACAGCCAGUACGACAAUUUGCUUGCGCUGGCUCGUGAACGUCAGAACAAGCUGAAUGAAACGGUGAAGGCGUACGUGCUGGUACGCGAAGCAGCCGAUCUUGCCGCUUGGAUCAAGGACAAGGAAAGCCACGCUCAGAUCAAGGAUGUUGGUGAGGAUCUGGAGGAGGUUGAGGUACUGCAAAAGAAGUUCGACGACUUCAACGACGAUCUGAAGGCGAAUGAGGUUCGUUUGGCGAAGUUGAAUGAAAUCGCCAUCCAGCUGACCUCGCUGGGACAAACCGAGGCCGCCCUCAAGAUCAAAACCCAAAUCCAAACGCUAAACGAAGAGUGGGCCACACUGCAGACGAUCACGCAGGAACGUGCCAGCCAGCUUGGCUCGGCGCACGAAGUGCAGCGUUUCCACCGUGACGUUGACGAAACGAAGGACUGGAUUGCGGAGAAGGAGAACGCGUUGAACAACGAUGAGCUGGGUAAGGAUCUACGUGGAGUCCAGACGCUGCAGCGCAAGCACGAAGGUUUGGAGCGUGAUCUGGCCGCUCUGCAGGACAAGAUCCGUCAGCUGGACGAGACAGCAAACCGUUUGAUGCAGUCGCAUCCGGACACGGCUGAGCAGACGUACGCCAAGCAGAAGGAGAUCAACGAAGAAUGGCAGCAGGUAGUGACGAAGGCACAGCAGCGCAAGGAGAAGCUGCUUGAUUCGUACGAUCUGCAGCGCUUCUUGAGCGACUACCGUGAUCUGUCUGCGUGGAUCAGCUCGAUGAUGGGAUUGGUGACGUCCGAAGAGCUGGCUAACGAUGUAACCGGAGCGGAAGCGUUAAUUGAACGUCAUCAGAACCAUCGUGCCGAAAUUGAUUUUCGUUGCGGUAUCCCGCAGGAACAUCGCACGGAAGUGGACGCACGAGCCGGUACGUUCUCCGCGUUCGAACAGUUCGGCAACGAGCUGCUGCAAGCCAACCAUUAUGCGGCACCUGAAAUUCAGGAAAAGAUCGAAAAUCUUGCCAAGGCCCGGGAAGAGUUGGAGCGUGCCUGGACGGCACGUCGUCUGCAGCUCGACCAGAAUCUGGAUUUGCAGCUGUAUCUACGUGACUGUGAGCAGGCUGAAAACUGGAUGAGCGCUCGCGAGGCCUUCCUGAACGCAGAAGAGGUUGAUUCGAAGGGCGACAACGUGGAGGCGCUGAUCAAAAAGCACGAGGACUUCGAUAAGGCGAUCAACGGACAUGAGGAGAAGAUCGGUGCGCUGCAGGUGUUGGCCGAUCAACUGAUUGCCCAGGAGCACUACGCUGGUAGGCUGAUCGAUGCCAAGCGGCAGGAAGUGCUAGAUCGCUGGCGUCAUCUGAAGGAGGAUCUGAUUGAGAAGCGUUCGCGGUUGGGCGAUGAGCAGACGCUGCAACAGUUCUCGCGUGAUGCGGAUGAGAUCGAGAACUGGAUCGCCGAGAAGCUGCAGCUGGCAACGGAGGAAAGCUACAAGGAUCCGGCAAACAUUCAAUCGAAGCACCAGAAGCACCAGGCAUUCGAAGCGGAGUUGGCAGCCAAUGCCGACCGUAUCUCGAGUGUACUCGCGAUGGGUAGCAACUUGAUCGAUCGUAACCAGUGCAGCGGAUCGGAAGAGGCGGUGCAGAAGCGUCUGACCCAGAUCGCUGACCAGUGGGAGUAUCUAACACAGAAAACGACCGAAAAGUCGCUGAAGCUGAAGGAAGCGAACAAGCAGCGCACGUACAUUGCUGCGGUGAAGGAUUUGGACUUCUGGUUGGGUGAGGUUGAGAGUCUGUUGACUUCCGAGGAUGCUGGCAAGGAUUUGGCUUCGGUGCAGAACCUAAUGAAGAAACAUCAGCUGGUUGAGGCCGACAUUCAUGCGCACGAAGAUCGUAUUAAGGACAUGAAUAGCCAGGCGGACUCGUUGGUUGAGAGUGGUCAGUUUGAUAGUGCGGGCAUUCAGGAGAAACGUCAAUCGAUUAAUGAACGGUACGAGCGCAUCCGGAAUCUGGCUGCCCAUCGACAGGCUCGGCUGAACGAGGCAAACACGCUGCACCAAUUCUUCCGCGACAUUGCGGAUGAGGAGAGUUGGAUUAAGGAGAAGAAGCUGCUGGUCGGAUCGGAUGAUUAUGGUCGCGAUUUGACCGGCGUGCAGAAUCUGAAGAAGAAGCACAAGCGUCUGGAAGCUGAACUUGCCUCUCAUGAGCCUGCCAUCCAGGCGGUGCAGGAAGCGGGCGAGAAGUUGAUGGAUGUUUCGAAUCUGGGCGUGCCGGAGAUUGAACAGCGUCUGAAGGCGCUAAAUCAGGCGUGGACUGAGCUGAAGGGAUUGGCAGCUACUCGUGGCCAGAAGUUGGAUGAGUCGCUUAUCUAUCAGCAGUUCCUGGCGAAGGUUGAGGAAGAGGAGGCCUGGAUUACGGAGAAGCAGCAGCUGCUAUCGGUCGAAGAUUAUGGCGAUUCGAUGGCGGCCGUGCAGGGUCUGAUGAAAAAGCACGAUGCGUUUGAGACGGACUUUGCCGCGCAUCGAGACCGUUGCUCGGAUAUCCGUGACCAUGGUCAGACGCUGGUGACAAACAAUAAUCAUCACGGCGAUAGUAUCUCGCAACGCUGCGUCCAGCUGGACAAGAAGCUGGAGAACCUGCAGGCUUUGGCGACUCGUCGCAAGACGGCGCUGAUGGAUAACUUUGCGUAUCUUCAGUUCAUGUGGAAGGCGGAUGUGGUAGAAAGCUGGAUCGCGGAUAAGGAGAAUCACGUCAAGUCGGAAGAGUUUGGACGUGAUUUGUCGACCGUUCAAACGCUGCUCACCAAGCAGGAGACAUUCGAUGCAGGUCUCUCGGCGUUUGAACAGGAGGGCAUCCAUAACAUCACGGCGCUCAAGGAUCAACUGAUCAGCGCAAAUCACGCCCAGUCGGCCGCGAUUCUCAAGCGUCACGAGGACGUGCUGACCCGCUGGCAAAAGCUGCGUGCUGAUUCGGAGUCUCGCAAGUACCGCCUGCUGAACAUGCAGGAUCAGUUCCGUCAGAUCGAGGAUCUGUACCUUACGUUCGCCAAGAAGGCUUCCGCUUUCAACUCGUGGUUCGAAAACGCCGAAGAGGAUCUCACGGAUCCGGUGCGUUGUAACUCGAUCGAAGAGAUCAAGGCGUUGCGUGAGGCUCACGCCGCUUUCCAAGCCUCGCUAUCCUCUGCCCAGGUCGACUUCCAAGCUUUGGCUGCGCUGGACCAAAAGAUCAAGAGCUUUAACGUCGGACCUAACCCGUACACCUGGUUCACGAUGGAAGCGCUCGAGGAUACUUGGCGCAAUCUGCAAAAGAUCAUCGAGGAGCGUGAUGCCGAGCUGGCCAAGGAAGUGCAUCGUCAAGAGGAGAACGACAAGCUUCGCAAGGAGUUUGCCAAGCACGCUAAUCUUUUCCACCAGUGGCUGACGGAGACAAGAUACAACAUUCUUGGUUGGGAUAAAAAUGGAACGUCGCUCAUGGAUGGAUCGGGAUCGCUGGAAGAACAAUUCGAAGCGCUCUGUCAUAAGGCCAACGAAAUCCGUGCACGUCGUGGUGAUCUGAAGAAGAUCGAGGAGUUAGGUGCAACGCUCGAGGAACAUUUGAUUCUGGACAAUCGCUACACGGAACACUCAACGGUUGGGCUAGCACAGCAGUGGGAUCAGCUCGAUCAACUGGCGAUGCGCAUGCAGCACAACCUAAAACAACAGAUUCAAGCCCGCAACCAGUCCGGUGUAUCUGAGGACUCGCUGAAGGAAUUCUCGAUGAUGUUCAAACACUUCGACAAGGACAAGAGUGGCAAGCUGAACCACCAGGAAUUCAAGUCCUGCCUGCGUGCACUCGGGUACGAUCUGCCAAUGGUGGAAGAGGGCCAACCAGACCCAGAGUUCGAGGAAAUCCUGAACGUGGUCGACCCGAACCGGGAUGGACAGGUAUCGUUGCAGGAGUACAUCGCCUUCAUGAUCUCGAAGGAAACGGAGAACGUGCAAAGCUUCGAAGAGAUCGAGAAUGCGUUCCGCGCAAUUACAGCUUCCGAUCCCCGCCCUCGUCCAUACGUCACCAAGGAGGAACUUUAUUCCAACCUCACCAAAGACAUGGCGGACUAUUGUGUGCAGCGCAUGAAACCGUACAACGACCCGAAGACCGGUCAUCCAAUUACCGGUGCCUUGGAUUACGUGGAGUUCACUAGAACUUUAUUCCAAAACUAA